AAGCUGCUAACAGCUACCAAGAAGAGGAGGAAGUGGGAGAUGCGCUGCUUCCUGUAGAAAGAACGUUGAUUGAAGACAAAGCUGGGUGGGGACUAGUCCCUGGGCUGCAGCCGCCGCCGCUGCUGCUACACAUACACACAACGCUGCCGCCGUGCUCCUUGGGCAACUCCUACUACUGCUGGGCUGGGCUGGGCUGCGCCGGAGCUCGCCUGCACGGAUCGGCUCUAGAGAGAGGGGAAAAGCCACUCUCCUCUGACCAAGCCUCAGGAGCUAAGCCAGAUCUGCCAGUGAGCCUCAGGCUUUGGGAACUAAGGAGUGUGUCUGAAAAAUCCAUCCGGCACUCCGAUGGCCAGCAACAACACUGCCAGCAUAGCACAAGCCAGGAAGCUGGUAGAGCAGCUGAAGAUGGAAGCCAACAUUGACAGGAUAAAGGUGUCCAAGGCAGCUGCAGACUUGAUGGCCUACUGUGAAGCGCAUGCCAAGGAAGAUCCCCUUCUGACUCCUGUCCCGGCGUCAGAAAACCCGUUUAGGGAGAAGAAGUUUUUCUGCGCCAUCCUUUAAGUCUUCAAGAGGAGCCUGAAGAGCCUCCAGGCUCCUGGGACAUUGAUGUAGAGUUUUUAGCAAAGUGGGCACCUUUCUGGUCCACGGUAUUUGAAGAGAGCGAGGAGAACCAUCCUGGAAACUCCAGGCUAUGCAUGUUUAAAGAACUGGUCCCCUUACGAGAAUGCAAGCCGAUCCACAUCCUGAGCUAAGAGAUCUGAAUCUGCAGCACUGCCUGGAGGAGGGGAAUAUACAAAAAUAAAAUUGGUGUCACUUCUUUUCCGCUAUCUCUCCCCCAAAACCUUAUGUUUCUGCUUUAUAUUUAAAAAAUAAAAAUGAAAACCGACAGCUGUACUGAGCUAAGAUGUGUAUGACCUUCUUGGAAUGAAUAUUGUCUUUAGAAUACCCUUUGAUAAGCUGAGUUGUCCAGUGUAACCACGGUUUGGUUUAAUGGCAUUGAUGUUUAGUCUUUGUGCCUUUCUUCUUUUUUCCUUCUCCCCACCCUUCCUCUACCCUUCCCCCUUACAGUAGUGUGGAGAUAAGGCUGGACUUGUCUGUAAGAUUGAACUCCCAGGAAGAGCCCCCAAAAUGUUUAGGGAGAUGUUCCCCGUGGUGUAUCCUCAUGGUAAUAACAACGACAAAAAAUGCCGGUUGUCUCUGUUCUCUUAUCACUAUUCCUAACAUUUGUACAUGAUAGCUUUGAUUCUGCAAGUACAAGUAAAUCAUGUGUUGUGACUGGUGCUUUCA